UCAGCUUAAAACCCAUCAAAACAUACACCCACGGAACAGACAGACAGACAGGCCGACAGAGAAAGGUAGGCAGCCAAUCACCGACCGACAGCGGUCAUUCAUUCAGGCGUAGAUACAUGCGCAAAACUGCCCUGCCCCACCCAUGGCUACUCACUUCUUGAUGACCACUGGGGGUGCCGUCUUGGGUAGCGCAUCGAUGUAGCCCAUGCCCGUCUUGGCCAGGCCGACGGUGGGAAGGGCCUUGCGGACGAAGCUCAUGAUAACGCCCUCUGCGAAGUAGCGGACGGACACCCAGAGGGAUGUCCAGUCGUUGGUGAUGAAGACGGUGGGCAUGAUGACGCCGUCAUAGAAGGGCGGGAUGAGGUUGCCGUAGCCGUACUCGAUCAUCCACCCGCCGCCCUUCUGCGCGUAGCCCUUCUGCGUCCCCGCCUUGAGCACCAUGCUGAAGUGCGCAUUGGGGUUCUCGUGCUGCUUCCAGUUGGGCGUGAACACACGGUUCGUCAGAUUCCCCACCAGCCAGUUCAGCUGCUCGCCCUGAAGUGGGUUGGUGACACACACACGCACAUCAUCCCACCCGCCUCGGCUGGUGUUCGUCGUGUUGGGUUCGUCGUCAUACCUCGAUUUGGAAGUCAUAGCAGUCGUAAGGGUAUUUGCCCGAGUAGCCGGCGGACGGCGUGGGGUUGCCAAAUAUGAGGAUGUACUCGUUGCCGUCGGCAUAGAGCAUCCGCAUCUGGCCCAGCACCGCCGCAUUGUGGUUGAGGUGCCAGGGCGAGUUGGCGAAGUAGGCCAGCGAGUACUCACUCGCCAGCAGCGCCUGGAUCAGGUCGAAGUGGCCCUGCAGAUCUAGUUGGUCGUCCUCGGUCCCCACGAGCUCAUCAGCACCCGCCCGAUACUCAUUGGCGUAGGCCACGAUGUCCUCUACACACGCCUGCCCGCCCUUGUUCUUGUGUGCGCCGUCCUCGAAGACGAAUUUGGGUGCGGGCUGCCCUGCGCGGCCUGCGGCGUUGGCGCAGAAGGUCUGGCCAUCGUUGACGCCGAAAAACCACAGGUAGCCGCAGAUGCUCCACCACACGCCUAGCAGGGCUGUCAGCACGAUGUUCAUGUUGACCUACAAGCGCGGCGGGGGAAAGGGGAGGGAGGGCUGAAAAUGCCAAGCUCGCAGUUGACCGUUGAAAACCG